GAUUUUCGUAUGACUUCGUACUCUUCCGUAUAUAAUCGCGACUCCCGAAACAUAUUUCACGAAGAAGUUGUUUCUUUUAUUGAACAAUGGAGGCAAUAAUCGGACGGGUUUUUAUAUAUGGUGGCAAAGGUGCUUUAGGUUCUACUUGCGUUUCAAAAUUCAAGUCGAAAAAGUGGUGGGUUGGCUGUAUUGAUAUGAAGGCAAAUGACCAAGCUGAUGCAAAUGUGAUUGUAAAACCAAACAGCAAUUGGCAAGAGCAGGAAGUUGAUAUUAUGCAACAAAUUGGAAAUAUUUUAAAUGGGAAUAAACUAGAUGCAAUUAUUUGUGUGGCUGGUGGAUGGGCUGGUGGAAAUGCAGCCAAUAAAGAUUUUAUUAAAAACAGUGAACUUAUGUGGAAGCAGAGUGUGUACAGUUCAAGUAUUGCUGCUAGUAUUGCUGCCCAUCAUUUGAAAGAAGGAGGAUUUUUAUCAUUAACUGGUGCUAAAGCAGCUUUAGCAGAAACACCGGGAAUGAUUGGAUAUGGAAUGGCUAAAGCUGCUGUUCAUCAACUUACUAAAUCUUUAGCAGCUAAAGAUAGCGGUCUUCCAAAGAAUUCUUUGGUUGUUUCUAUCUUGCCUGUUACUUUAGAUACACCUAUGAAUAGAAAAUGGAUGCCAAAUGCUGAUACAACUAAAUGGACUCCACUUGAAUUUGUUGCAGACCUCUUCUGGAAAUGGUCACAAAAUCAAGAACGUCCAGCUAAUGGAAGUCUCCUACAAUUGAUUACCAAUGAUAAUAAAACAGAAUUAAUUACAGCUUAAGAGGAAAAGAGUUUUUUGAAUCGAAAGCAUUUAUGGUGCUCCCAUGACAAUAUAUACACAUAUGUAUACCCAUUAUAAAUACUUUAUAUCAAAUGGUGUCCCCAAUCAAUUAAUGUUGUUCCAUCUUAAUGCAUUUGAAAAAGGAAUAUGAAGAUAUAUUUGUAUAUAUGUAAAAAUAUUUUUCUCUGUACCUUUAAAUGCAAGAGCUAUAAGUUCAUAUAGCAACAUAAAUUCAUUCCAUUUAAAUAAUACUACAACAAUAAAAUUAUAUAAUUAAGUGAAA